AUGGCAACCGCCGAGAGCAGUCCCGACUCACGGCGACAGAGUGCAGCUACAACAAGCUGGCUCAAACAACGACCUCAGAAUACAGGAAAUCCAGCUGAAAAACAACGCACAGUUGAUAGAGAGCUAGAACGUAUCAAAAGCUUAGCAAUGGUAUCAUCCGUGUGGCAAAAGACAGGACCAGAAGAUAUUCCCGUUGGACAUUUUGUACCAACACCCUCUCCCUCGACGUCCGCCUCUUCACAAAAUACAUCCUUAAGUCGAACAAUAUCUUGUCCCAAUACGAACGACGGACAACCCCGAGUAAGACGCAACAGCAGCUUAGGGAGCCUUAAUGGACCUCUUUACAGUGCACUCGACAAAGCCUAUAGGUCAUACGGUAUAGAACCCCCGGAAAGAGUACGAGAGCGACGAAUAAGUCUCCAGAACACAAAACUCCUGACCAUGCAUCCAGGGUUGGUGCCGGCCACGGUGUCUGAGGGUAUCGAAAGUGAAUUCGGUAACCACACACCACAAAGGGUGUUACCAAACCAACGAGAAAGUCUAGCUGGAACGUGCGAACUAAUUCGGUCUACGACGCAUGAGACAAUCAAUGUUGAAUCAGGAUCGGACAGAGUGCUGCUCCGGCAGACCCUGUCGUCCAUUAUCCAACAAACUGGUAGUGACAUUGCUCAACAAACCGCAGCCUUGGAAGCAUUUUGGUUGGACAGUGUUUCUGCCUCCAACAAAGAAGUGCUGCAUUACCGCCAGCAGCUGGCAGCACAGGACAAAACAAUGCAAAACACGUUAGAGCAAUUCCUUGCAGAAAAAGAAAAAGAAUCCCAUCGCGUUCGUCAAUUAACUGAGUUGGUUCUCAAACAAGAUCGUCUUAUUCAAGGACUCGAACAAAGUCUGGAAUUGCAGCCUACUUUGCCACUCCAAGUCUCUCCUGAGGCAUGGGGCCCGGCAGCUAUUAGCGAGUCGCGGGCCGAACUACGUGUACUACAGUCGGAGAUGGCUACAAUGAAGAAGACAAAGAUGAGCUUAGAGCGUGCUAUGGGAGCUUUGGAGGGGGAAGUUGAGAUGAGCCAAGGCCAGGUGCGUAUGAUGAUGCUUGUCUCGACUGAAAUCCAGAACGACUUUGAUGCCCAGACACGCAUAAUACAAGAUCGCGUGCUUUCUCUCGAGAACCAAUUGAAGUCAAAGGAUGCUCUUAUAUUUGAGCUUUCGAUGAACAAUAGCACUAAACGCAAUGUCACAGAAUCUACACCCCGAGAGAUGCGUCGUCGUACUAACAGUAAUUCUACUUUCGGUUCUUCGGUUAUAUCAAUGCAUCCCUAUGAUCAAAGACAAACAGAUGACGAUCGUACGGUUGAUACAUCACACUUCUCUAUAACAUCAUCACGGAGUCAAUCAACAAAGGCUGUGCAUACAAAACGUCGUAGUAGUGCCAAUACUUUAAGUACUUCAUCUCAUAUAUCGUAUGUUGCUCGCUGGGCGGACAUCAACCUCCCACCUGCCACUCCCCCGCCAUCUGAGCCCCUCCCUCCUCUGCCCAACACCGAACCAUUAGCGCGACCUCAGCGCUCCUUCUCCGCAACUCGUCCCUAUUCUCCUCCAACUCCCACUACUACUGACCCAAAGCAUUCAUCUGUGGACACGAUAGCUCCUUUCAUUACCCAAGAUAUCGAUCAAGAUGAGUUUGAUAUUGAUAGUGUUCUUGAGCCACCGCCUGUCUCUGUGACAAAGGAAAUUGAUGAAGUUUAUGCCUGGCAAGCCAGCACAUCAGAGCACCUCCCAGGUACAACAAAAUGGAUGGACGAUCCCGAAAGCGGUGGGCGUAGACCUCCACCAAGCCGACCCUCCUCUUCUGAGAAAACACAUUCUGCGUUCUGGAAAGGCAUGAAGAAGAAGUGGAUGGUCAGAGAGAAAUAA